AUGAAGCCAUGGCUGAAUCAUUUAUCUUCAGCAUUGCGGAGUCACUCAUUGCAAAGCUUGCUUCUUGGGCCUUUGAAGAAGCUUCUGAGGCACUGGGCGUACGAUCAUCUGCGAGAGUUUGAAAAGACUCUCUCAUCAGUCAAGGCUGUGCUGUUGGAUGCUGAGCAAAAGCAGGAGCAGAACCAUGAGCUGCAGGAAUGGCUGAGGCAACUCAAAACUGUCUUCUCUGAUGCAGAAGAUGUGCUCGAUGAAUUAGAGUGCCAAACACUGCGAAAGCAAGUAGUCAAAGCUUAUGGUACCAUCAAAGACAAGGUAAGCCAUUUCUUCCCAAGUUAUAAUCCACUUGUUUUUCGUUCCAAGAUGGCUCAACAAAUCAAAGAUGUCAGCAUGAGGCUGGACAAGGUUGCAGCUGAUAGGCAAAAGUUUGGUCUUCAACCAAUUGAUGUUGAUCAACGUGUUGUGCAUUGGAGAGAAAUGACACACUCCCGUGUGAGCGAUUCAGAUGUCAUAGGAAGGGAACAUGAUAAAGAAAAGAUCAUAGAGCUUUUGAUGCAGCAGAAUCCUAAUGAUGAUGAUACAAGUUUCUGAUGACUUUGAUAUUAAGCAACUCAUUAUCAAAAUCAUCAAUUCUGCCAAUGAUUUUGCUGUCUAUUGAAUCAUCGCUGGCAUAGCUACCUCAUAACUAACAAAUAAAUCAUCGCUGUCUAUUGAAUCAAGCUGUAAUCUGGAGUCUAUCUUUGGAGGGAUGAAGUUCCCUACUCUGAAAACAUUUCGUGUUGUUGACUGUCAAAGUUAGAAGUCCUUGCCACUGGUUGUUAAAAAUCUUCCCGAAUUAGAAACUUUGGUUGUUGGAUUCUGUUUUAAUCUGGACUUGGAACUGUGCAAGGACCACCAUGAAAAACAAAGCGACAAGUUGAAGUUAAAACAUGUUCACCUUUCGGCUUUACCACAGUUGGUGUCCUUGCCCCAAUGGCUUCAAGUAACUAUCAACUCCUUACAGUCCUUGCAUAUUUCAUUUUGCCACAAUCUUGUAAUACUUCCAGAGUGGUUGUCAAAUCUGACUCAUCAUCUGAAAGUACUUUUUAUAUUAAAUUGUCCAAAGCUUCUAUCUCUCCCGGAUAACCUCACCGCACUUGAAAGUUUAACAAUUAAAGAUUGUCCUGAAUUAUGUAGAAAAUAUCAGCGCAAUGUUGGAGAACUUUGGUCCAAUAUAUCACAUAUCAAAGAGGCUAUCAUUGGUGAUCAAAGAGGUUUGGAUAUAAGGGAUGGAAAAGAGAGAAAUGACAGAGACUAUAAUGGGAUGUAUGAUAAACACAUUUCAUUCAUAGUCAAUUAAUUACAGAGGAGAGAAUAUGUAUAGCCAUUCUCUGUGCCUAUAGCUAAGGGUAAGAUUAAAAGGGAAAUCACAGCAAAUACAAUUGGUAAAAAUGCAAUACAGAAAACCAUUGUGUCCUCAAUGAGACAAAACAACAGCUAGCCAAAAGAGCAUCUUAACACACAACUCAGCACUUAUACGACUUGGUGGACGUGUGAAUUUCUGAUUUUGCUAAUAGGUGAACCAGAAGAGCUGGAGGAAGGAAGAAGAGGAAGACGAAGAGGAAUGAAUUAGUUACACAUAUAAGCAUUGAAGCCCCUUAUUCUAUUUAUUUAUUUAUUUGUUCUUGGUGUGUUUUGAUUGUUUUCCUUGUUGAUUCUCUUGAUAUGCUUUGAAUUCUUCCUGAGCAUACCAUUUCACAUCAAAUUGUGCUUAUUGGAUCAUUUGUUUGAUGCAUGUCUCUUUAUAUUCCUUUUAUCUUCUACUUUUUCUUUCGUGAAAACUGAAAAUAAAUUUGAGAUUCUAUGAAAUUAAAGGUGAUUCAAUUUAGAAUCUCCUUGAUAGUUGUGCAAUACAACAAUAUUUUUUUUAUCUGCAAUACUUUUUCUCUCAUUAAUUUGAUGUGCAUAAUGAACUUUGGAAAGCAUGUUUUUUGUCCCCUGAACAGUGUACAUGCAACAACUCACUGAAACUUGUGACUAAAUUUAUAGCUGAUUAUCAUCAUCAACUUGUGACUAAAAGUAUGUAUUU